CGGUCUGAAGAAGUCUGGAGUCAAAUUCCUGAACACGUAGGAGCUCCUCACGUUGCUCCAACACGACUCACGACGCAGGGGCGCAGCGAAUAACGGAUUACUUAUCAACUGAUCGAUGAGACAGUUUAUAGACAAAGCUUUACCUCGGCUGUUACUUCUGUCAUUACAGCACAUCAUCGGAUAUUUUUUCCAUUCCCCUCCUCUAAUAGAAAUCUGAACAUAUUUUCUUUUCAGACCGCCUGUUUAUGCGCAACUGAAACCACUUGUUUGCCGCAGAAGAGAAAUAUAAGAAUCUGAUUCACACGGAUCAAUACUUGUAUAUCAGGAGAUGUUUAUUAUGGACUAAUGAGAGCCCAUAAAAGCCGAUUUUACACGUUCUUCCAAAGUCGGGGGGGGGGGGGGGGGAAAUAACAGCCUGGCUUCACUUUUCCACAACGGAAAUGAGAUCAGUCCGAUUGCUUGGCUCCACUUCUUGUAAAACAUGGUCGAUGUAAGUUCAUGUACCGGGAUCUGAUAGUGUUUGACUUGUGGCCGUUGAGCUUGUUAUUAAUGGAAAGAUGUUUGCUGGACUGAUGGGAUGUCACAGCAACUCUCUGCUUCACCGCUGUGAAGUCACGGAAGGUGGCAUAGCAUCAGGGACAGCUGGCAGCACCAACCGUAAGAGGCUCCACCGCAGGCCAGGGUACAUGAGAGGAGAGCAGUCUAGACUACAGAGCACUAAUCAUGGGCUGGAAGAGGAGGAAGAGGAGGAAGAGCAGGAGCAAGGGAGGACGCCCUGCACUAGGAAUGGAAAACCUGGACGUCACACUGAAAUCACUGAGGCACCUAAUGCUCAGAGGAAGAGUCUAAAGCCUGCUGUCAAAAUGUCUGUAAUGAAUCAGCAAAAGUCUGAUAGACCCACAUGUAGCUCCUGUCAGAGUAAGAACUUUCUCUGCUCUGUUAAUCAUCAUCUUCACCCUGUGGACUGCAGAGCUGUAAAUGGUACAUGCAGCCAUCACUUCUCACUGCCACAGACUGAACCCAGAUUAAGCCCAAGCCCAGCACCCAAGCUUUCACCUCAGUCCAGGCUGAAUUCCUCAGCAGACUCUUUCAACUCCAGCUUCAGUUUCAUCCAACAAUCUCUCAACUCCAGCCAGAGGACUGAAACCACUGCCACACCAUCACAGGAACCAGAACCACUUAAUCAGUCAACUAAAGCACCUAGUACACCUCAUAGAAAACCAGCAACCCUGUCUCUUGAGCAGUCAGUCUCAAAGCAGUCAACUCCUGUCCAGCCACCGCCCUCCUCUGUCUUGGGCAGCCAGGCAGAGAGAGAAGAGCCGUCAUUAGGCGGGAGGUUUUGGCGGGAAUGUCUGUGGGGUGGCAGGGAGGGAACAUCUGAUCUGCCCGAUUGCGACUCUCUGGAUCUCACAUCCUCACUGUCAGUGGACUCAGACACCGCCUCUGCUUCCUCUGUCACCUCUGGCUACGAGAGUGCCACGCCUGCUUCGGAACAAGGCUGGGACAAUCUGGUGAAGAAGUAUGAGGGCGUGCUGCAAGACUGCCUCCAAAACAACCGAACUCACACCAAGAUUGAGUCCAUGAUGUUGAAGCUGCAGAGACUCCAGCAGAAAGCCAUUUUGGAAGAUGACUAUGACGCAGCUGAGCGCUUUGGGAAAAAGCUGGAGGAGCUGUGCAGGGAGCGAGGAUCCCUGAAGCUGGGUUUACCCUCCAGACAGCACAGCGUGGCUCUGUUCCUUGAGCGGCUCAGACAGGUGGUGCACAGCGCCCUCCAGUGGGCAGAGUGCGGUCAUCGCAGGGAGAACGCAGAGCCUGAUGCAGGGGAACGGUCCGACUCGUCUCAGGGUGCACUGCAUCGAAGAGAUCGUCUGAUCCAAGAGAAACGGACAGUUGAGGUAGAGAUGGAGGCGCUGCAGCAGAGGCUGGCGGAGCUGAAGGACUGCAGUCGAUGCCUGGAGCAGCAGAUCCAGCAGGAGGAGCAGCAGGUGGAGGCCGAGGAACUGGAGGGCUCCGUGUUAAGGAGCUGCACCAUGGCCCAGCUUCGUGAAAUGAACCGGACCCUGCAGGACCUUGUCACCUCCGAAAACCGCACACAGAUCUCCGUCGCUCCUCCACCCUCCAUGCUCAGACUCCAGGAACAGGGGCAGGCAUUGAAUCUGUCCAUCAAGGAAGCUACUGCUAAAGUGGUCAUGAGUCAGAGGCUGGGCAGCAGCCUGAGGAGGAAGGUCAGCGAAACUGAAACUCAGCUCUUGGCGCUACAUGAAGCCAAACUGGCAGCCAUCUCAGGUAAUGACUUCAGCAGUGCCAAGGAGCUGAAGGCUGAGAUGAAGGCGGUGUACCUGGAGCGGGACCGGCUGGAGGUUCUGGCCAAGAGACUGCACAGCCUCAGUUCAGGGAGCAGCCAGGAGCUGACCAGGAUGAAAGAGCAGCAGCAGCAGCUUAGGCAGGAGCUGGAGCAGAGGGAGGCGCAGCACGAGAGCCGACUGAAAGAGAACACUACCAAGUAUAUUGAGCUACUGGAGGACAGAUUGCACAGCUGUGGCUGUCCCGGCUUGGAGCGGAUCUGGGAAGCCGACUUGGAGGCAUGCCACCUCUUCUUACGAGGCCUCCAGCUGCGAACUCCCAGCUGCAGCGGAGCAGAUAUCGAAGACCUUCCCACCGCAGCGGUUUAUCCCUCGACACAGCCGUGCACCAAAGAAGAAGAAGACUGCGCCAUGUUGACUGCUUUAGGAGGGCGCUGGUGUCCUGAGGCCAACUUACAGAACUCAGAGUUCACUAAGAAAUUGGAGGAGUUUUUGUUCUGCAUGGAGGAUAAUCACCCAGAGGACGUGUGCAGCGAGGCCGAGGCUGCAGAGCUGACAGAGCGCUGUGAGCUGAUCAGUGACAGACUAAUGACCUUGGAAGAUGAAUUACAGACGGCCAUACUAAACCAGGAUCAGGCCCUCACUGAGUCGCUAGAAAAGGAAGUUCAAGAAGUAAAAGCCACUUUACAAACCAUGCUCGUACAGCUCCAAGAGGAAAAAGUGGAAGAAGAGGAUGCGACCGAAUUACAAGAUGAUGACCUCAUGAAAAAUGGGAUUGAGGAAGAAGAGGAGGAGGAGGAAGAAGAGGACCAGUACUUCAGUGACAGCUGGGACAUUUGAAAUGGAUGCCUGUAGUGUUUUAUGACCACUCACACACAGACGGGCUCUCUGAGAGCCUGACCUCGGCUUUUCAGUAGAAGUGACCCCAUAUCCAUUUACUGUAAAGCCUCACUCAAAGCGCUUUACAACCAGCCUCUUUGGCACUGCUGAAAGUUUUGAGUACAAAGCCUUCAAAAGUCUGUGUAACAUUUUGUCCAACUAGAAAUGGAGAAAAAGCAUAUUUGGAGCAUUUAAGUAUAAAUACAAUACAUGAAAUUUUGAGUCACUUUAAUGCAAAUCUUACACAUCAUGAGAUCUAAAGAGUUCCUCAGGCCACUGAGUCGAGACAGUGAUACAUCCAAAAUAGGUCCAAAAAGAUAAAAUUAAUAGAAUAAACCCAAAAACAGCUAAUCGCUAAGCAUGACAACUGUCUGUCUGUGUGAAUAUUUGCAGAUGACCAAGUGGACAAUCUGAAUAUCUUUUACUGGUAAAAGUCUUGCACAUAAACUAACUGCUUAAGUCUUAGGUCAUCUUACCACUUUUGUCUAUUUUCAGAACGACUGGACUUCAAUUACAUGUAAUUUUGUCCAUGAAAUAACUUGUGUGGUGCUACAGAAUGUGAGCUAACUUGAACACUUUAUUGUUUUCUAUGUGUGGAAUAUGCAAUAUAUAUUUUUCCCUACCUGGCCUUUAAGUAGUGCUCCAUCACUGAAGGAGAAUAUGCAAAGAUGGACACUAUGUAAUUUAAAAAACACCUGUCACAAUAUUCUAGUUGUGUUUUGUGCAUGUAGGAAAUGUUGUAGCACAGAAAAAAAAUAUUUGCAACUGAUGUUUGUGUUUUAUUUUAUUUGCCACAGAUUGUAUUGUAUUGUAUUGUAUUGUAUUGUAUUGUAUUGUAUUUUAUGUCUGUUCAGAAUCUUGACUUUUUGCCACAUUUUUGUACUUUCACCUAUUCAUCACUUUUUUUAUGUACUGUGCAGCUUGAACCUGCUGUACCAUAUUUCAUAUUUAUUCCUUACUGUGUCUCACUAAUUACAGCAUGUACCAUUCAGCCUAAUGCUGCAUCCUGCUGUUUUCUUCUUGUAUUGAGUUACAGCCCCUCUGUUGAUUUUCCCUCAUAGAAAAUGUGUGGGCAUGUUGCCAGGUAUGUGAGGGCAGCGGUGACAUGUAGGAGAUAUCAAUACGGUAAUAAAGGUCUUCUAGUGAGGUCUUUAGGGGAUACAUGGGCUUCUAUUGUUAUCUCACCUCAGCAGCGGCGGUGUGGCUAAUUGGGAGACAGCCUCAUAGAAGAUGAGGCUGGGAAGGUAGGAUGCUGUUGCUUUGUCUCCAUUUAAUUCUGCCUUGUGUUUUUUGGAGCAGGGGGCUGCCGAGGGAUCCUCAUGGGUGUGUCUGCAGUCCUGGCUCUCUGGGCUGUAAACACAGUUGAGUGCUCCGGGUUUUUCCACAGCAGCACAAUGGGCCUUUCUCACAUUACUGCCAGGUUGCAAACCACUUGCCUGGCCAGAGCUCUCCACAUCUAUCAGCUUCAGGCAGCAUACAGACAGAGCCUGGCACACACACACCUUCCUGCCAAACACCCCCACCUCAUAAUUGAAUCUGUGCUUGCACCACUAUGUGCCCCAUGUGGCAGCGCUGCUUAUAAAAUGGCCACAGAGAAAAACCCAGAUGGUUUUCAGCAGGCAUAUAGCAGGGUGAGAUGUUUCCUGAUGUAAAAUGAAGCACCAUGCAGUGUAAGGUCUUUUGUCUCCACAAUUUGGUCACUAUGAUAUUGUAUAAUAUGUUAUUAGUAUUAUAAUAUUAUGUAUUAUUCUAUGCAUUCCAAUGAGGAAGAAAAUAACAAAAAAGUACAACUGGAAGAACUCUUUUCAGUCUUUUUUCAGGCAACAUCUCUACAUUGAAUAAAUAAACAAAUAAAGUGAUAGAAAGCAUGCCAGCGGGCUACAUAAAUUAACUUGUUUCCAUUAGAAAUUGAUUUAUUUCCUCUACAAUAAUGAACAAAACAAACAAAAAGGAAGAAAGGAGGAAAAAAAGAGUCAUUAGUGUCUAAAAUGAUAUGGAAAUGCUUUUGAUGUCUCACCCUAUUGUUAGAAAGUCCCACUGGUUCAAUUUCGUCAUUGAAGAUGUGUUUGAGUGAUUUUUGUAGCAGUGUGUGUGUGUGUGUGUUGUAAGGGAUUUAGGUCUGAGAUCUGGAUUUGUUUAUUUGAUUCCCGGCUGAGUUGUUAUGUUGUCUGACAGGUACAUGUAGCUACAAACUCUCUGAACCAUGGGAGAAUCAUAGAUCGUGUUGGAGAUUUUCCUUUCGCAUCGCUUCAACCAGCGUCACAGGCGCCACUAAUGAAUGCAAAUAGAGCUUCUUUCUUUUUUUGUAUGCAUGCACUGCACAUCCUCAGAGGUUUCUGCUCAAAAACUGACACCUCAGCUAUGUGUGAGCGACUGCAUGUCAGUUCUGGUCAUUGAGUCAGUGAAGUCAACUCUCCUGAGAGGUGUUUUUUUGUGCAGAGCAGGACUGGACACUAAGCUCACCGCUGUCUGCAAGUGGCCUUUUGUUUGAUUCUUUCCAAGCAGAUUCAGGAGCUCAUUCAAAUUCAGUGUGCACUUUACUAAACUGUUGAAUAAAUUCAACCGAGCAAUUAAACAGGCAGGAGAUUCAU